AUGCUGUUCAUACUUACCAUCGCUCUAACACUUGCUAGUGGUCAAGCUAAAUUCUACACAGACUGCGGGUCUAAGCUGGCGACUGUUAAAAAUGUCGGGGUGAGCGGAUGUGCCGAGGAUGCUAAGGAAUGUGUGCUGAGAAGGAAUACCAAUGCUACGAUUAGUGUCGACUUCGUACCAUCCACCGACGCCGCUACUCUUGAGACGGUGGUACAUGGUAUCAUCAUGAACCUACCAGUGCCUUUCCCGAUGCCUCAACCGGAUGCCUGCAAGGAUUCAGGACUCAACUGUCCAUUAAAGGCCGGCGAAGAAGCGUUUUACAAAACGACAAUGCCAGUUUUGAAAUCCUAUCCCAGAGUAAAAGUUGAAGUUAAAUGGGAACUUAAAAACGAUUCUGGAGACUACGUUUGUAUCAUGAUACCAGCAAAAAUUAAUUAA